AUGAAUAUUAUAAAAGAGAAAAAAUGGAUAGAUGAAAAACUACAAAGCUUAUUGGAAAUAUGCACCAAAACAACAGUUUUCACAUACCAAGAUACUAUCUACGAACAAACUGAUGGAAUGGCAAUGGGAUCAAGACUAGCACCAGUAUUUGCCAACAUAUUUAUGGAAUGGUUUGAAGCGGAAGCAAUGAGCACGUAUACUCAAAAACCAAAAAUGUGGUUGCGAUAUGUAGAUGACACAUUCGUUUUAUGGCAACACGGCGAGGACAAACUACAAUCUUUCCUGCAACACUUAAACAGCAUACACGCCAAUAUACAGUUCACAAUGGAAACUGAGGAAAACGGAAAAUUGCCAUUCCUAGAUGUAAUGGUAAAAAAACAGCCUAAUGGAAAAUUUGGCACAGGAGUGUAUAGAAAAAGUACACAUACAGAUAGAUAUUUACAUGCCGAUUCACACCAUUGCCCCUCACAGAAAAUGGGAUUAUUACACACAAUGGCAACAAGAGCUGUCAGAAUAGCUGAUGAAAACCAUGUGAAUGAGGAAAAAACAUACUUACGACAAGCACUAAAGAAUAAUGGGUACACAAUUAAAAAUAUUAAUAAGGCAAUUAAAAAAGCAGAGAAAAGAAAAAAUGCAACGCGUAUCAUGGAUGACGAAAAUAAUGAAGAUGAAAAGAAAGGAACAUUAAUACUGCCGUACAUACAAGGAAUUACCGACCGCAUAUCAAGAAUCGCACAAAAAUUCAAAUUAAGAACCGUUUUCAAACCAAACACAGUAGCAGGAUCACUACUCCGAAACCCGAAAGAUAAACUGCCAGAGAUGCAAACACCAGGAGUAUAUGAAAUACCGUGUUCAUGUGGUAAAUCUUAUAUUGGACAAACAGGAAGAGCUAUUGCGACAAGAAUAAAAGAACAUGAAAAAGAUGUGGAGUACCAAAGAACAGAAAAAUCUGCAGUAGCUGAACAUGCCAAAAACAAAGGACAUGACAUACAAUUCGAUAAAGUAAAAAUACUUAACAAAGAACCUCAUUUUGGCAAACGGAUGUACAAGGAAGCAAUAGAAAUCGAAAAAUGUCCGGAAAAUUUUAACAGAGAAGAUGGAUGGAAAAUCAGCAAAACUUGGUUACCUAUCAUACACCAGACAAAAAGGAAAUUAACCAACAACACCGAAACUAAUUCAAUAUACGAAGAGGCAACAAUCAACAUAACAAAUAAUUGCCGGUGUAGGAAAGGAAGACCGAAAUGUCAAGAAUGCCGUAAACAACGUUAG